CGACUGUCCUACUUGCUUUCUUGAACAAUACCAUCGAAUACUUUGUCGCAAUAUCCGGUCAAUCAGUAUUUGAUACCCGAUCAUGGUAGGGUUCCUGCCAUGGAGAAUCUCUUAACAGCCGUCAAGACUGUAAGCAUCGGAAACCGUGACGAGGGCAAUGGCCUGUCCGAAGUGAUACCCAAAAGUACCGUCCGUUCAUCCAGUGAACAGCCCAGCGAAGAAGGGAAGUGCAUCGUCAACACAUCUCGGCAAGCUCUCCACCUUCUUGGUUCAGGGCCGUCGGAUUCUCAAUUUCGCCAAGUCUUGAAUUUCCUUGACCCAGCCAAUACCCCUACAACCGGAUUUGAUAUAACGGAGCCAGAGCCAUCCACUAUUUCAGUCUUGAACGGCCUAAUUACUCUUGCGAUCAAUGAUCGUUGGGCGAAUAUUGAGAGAGAGUAUCGAUCAUCUCCCAAGUCCAAAAGGGCUAAGACUACUCGCACAAUAGUGCUGAGGUGCUUGACCAGCGUAAGCGGGAUUGGAGCUUUGAUUGCCAAUCUUCGUUCAAAUCUCGACCAAUUCCAGGUUCAAAAACGAGGAGAUAGUCUAUCCAGGCAGAUACUGCUCCGUGACACCCUCUCUGCCCUCUCAUACGUCCUGCAGACACCAAAUUUGCUAUUAAACGUCUAUCAAAAGAUUGCAAACAUUUCUUCUCCUGCUAAGAAAAGGUCUGCUUGGUCACAAUUCAUUGUAUUUCUCUCUUCGGGGAGAGCAUUGUCUACCGCAGGUGAAACGUUCGCGAAUCUAAAAGAUGUCGAAAUCCCUAAAUCAAUACGAUGGCUUGGAGAGGGCAAAAACUACGCUUCGUGGCUUGGCCGUUGUAUCGUGUCCAUGGCUUUAGGUUUAACAGAUGAGGACUCGGAAGGAUGGAACAAUCUCGCGAAGUUUACCCAGCGAGCUUUAAGCCUCGGGUAUCAGAACGAUCUUUUAAAUGAAAUAUAUUCCGGCCUAUUACUUCAUCCCAGCAUCUCAGCAAGACCUUUUGGAACCCUAAUAGGCCUCCUGGAGCAAAAUUCCCAGAAACGGGUUUUCGAAUGCAUAAUCCAUGACCUAGAGACGAAAUAUUUCCUAGAUAUUACGGGCCCUGCUUCCACUCCAUUGCAUGAGACCGAGACGCGCUCUGCUAUUCGAGGCGUUUCAGCAGUAGUAUCCUUGAUUUUAAACCUACUGCCCUCUCUGUCCUCUCACGUUAUUGAUUGUCUGAUUAAAGCCGUUGGCGGUAAUAUCAGGGGAGCCAAUAUGCGCCGUGCUCUCCUUGUAAUAUAUGCAAAUCGAACAGAUAUCCUGUCCGAGAUAUUAAAGAAAGCCAUAGCGCUAUUUGGAGACGAGCUGUACCUAAAACACGCACCACAGAUGAUCCAAGAAGCCAAUUGCCAAGUGAUAUUACUUGCUGCCGGGUACCUACACAGGGCUGAUGCGGCUGAGUUGGAGAAUAUAACUAAAUCAGGUUCCUAUCUUUCUACAAUUACCCACAGAAUUGGAGCGUCUCUCCCUCGAUCUCGAUUUCUAGGCAUGGUUGUGGGAAUGGGUCUUUCAAAAUUAACCGAUCCUCCUGAUAAAGCUAUGAAAUUCCAAUCGGAUGAGAUGCAGAGCCAGGAUGCUUUGUGGUAUCUGAGCCUUACCGAAGUCAUGGAUGAAGUUGGUGUUCCCACGGAAUUGACGACUCUAAAAGCUGUUGGAUCCCAGAGUCUAUUAAAGCGACCUUCAUCUCAACAUCCGAACACUCCACAGCCAAAAUCCACACCCAGCCAAACUAGAGUCGUUGGCAUUGAAGAGAUAUCUGAUAAGUCAGAAGAAGAAGGCCUCUAUGCAUACGAAAAACCUGAUUCGGACGCUUCAGAUUCAGAAGAGGAUCCCACUCUUAUUCAGCGUUCAAAGCCUUCUGCUCCAGUCUAUAUCCGUGAUCUUGUCUCGGCUCUCAGUGACACAGAAAAUCCAGACCGUUACCAUUUAGCCAUUUCGACCGCACCAGACCUCAUUCGUCGCAAAACCGCUUUCGGUACGGAAAUUGUUGAAAGUGCCAACGAGCUUGCUUUACAACUUGUUUCCCUCCAAGAUAGGUAUGACAUGCCGAAAUUUCACGAGCGGCGAAUGGAAGGUCUCGUCGCCCUUAUUGUUGCCCUUCCGUCCCAAAUGGGGCGAUGGAUGGCGCACACACUUUUUAACGUCGACCUUUCUCUCGCGCAUCGGUCAUCUGUUUUAAUAGCGCUUGGACUAGCUGCCAGAGAACUCGCUGGUUUCGGGGACGCGGAUGCAAAGGUCAUGGGGCUUGAAAAAUCUACCCAUACAUUUCCUUCGAAAAGAUUGCCGGAGCAUCUAGAACCAAUUUAUGACUCAUCCAAGGCGUCAAUUGAGACCAUAUCAAAACAGAUCUCCCAAAGCAUCUUAGAGCCCAUGGCCCUGACUGCAGCAGAUAAGUUAACUGGUCCCAAUAUUAUGAAGCUCCGGCCUCUUUCUUCCUAUGCAGAGGAAGAACGACAGAAACGUGGCUUGGAAUCAAGACGGAGGCAAAAGUCCGUGCCCAAAGAGCUAUAUGGGGUUUUAUCAGAAGCAUUUCUCAUGCCAUUACUGGGGGAAUUCAGUGUGAUGAUGUAUACAAUGCGUUCCUUCGGGAAUAGUAAUCCAUUCCUCGAACCACAUCUCAUUUCUCUUUCUGUGCAAACAAUUACUCUUCUCCUGUCAACCAUCGGGCCACAUACGCCCACCCUCAACUUAUCCACAAGCGAAGUGUUUUCGUUUCUCACCACAUUGCACAAUUUGCCUGUCGCCUCUGAUCCCAUCGUCCUACCUGCUAUCCUAUCCCUAUUUCUCACCGUUGUGGACGUCAAUAUUGUAUCUGGGAGUACUGCGGAAGAAAGCUUAGCGACUCAAUUUGCUACUUCAGUCCUUGAGCUGCGAGAAUGGGUCGAUGGUGUGUUUGAACGGGCGCCUAAAGAGGAUGAAAGGGUGAGAGCACUAGCAGCAGGGAUCAUGGUGAAGCUCGAAGAAGUAACGAGAAGAUACCAGGGUCGGUUGCUUGGGCUGGAUAGCAAGUUUGAAUACUGAAAUGAAUACGACUGAUAGCCAAAGACUCCUUUUGAUAUAUCACUGUCGUUGACACAAAUAGGCUUUUCUGAUAGUGCUCGCCUGCUAAGGGUUCUCCUAAGAUGAUAUCGUAGCCCAUAGUGGAAAAUCCAGAACAAAUCGUAGAAGAUGCAAAAUUUUACGACUUUUCUAUCGCAGCCUCCAUCAUCUUGGUCCCAUUGAGAAUUCCCGUCGUACAUAUCAUUAUGCGUCUUCUGGCUGCUUCCUGUUGGGCAAUGAAUCGUAGAGCAGCGAUCUCCGUAAAGGUAAUUCCACCCAAAAAGAAAAUGAAAACCGUCUUGAUACCUCCAGCUCCCGUUAAUGUUUGUUUCGCACGAGUGACCUUCUCCUCUGCUUUUUGGACGAUAUUAAAUGUCGAUCCACGAGCACUCUUCACAAUGUCUUCGAACCCUAACCAGCCCGGAGAUGGUGUGCCACCCGAUGCAGCCGCUGCCGGCGCGGGAAGACUUUUCGUGAGGGAGAGUAUAUGAGACUUUUGUAAGAUACACUGAAUCAGGCGAAUACUUAACGGCGCAUAUCCGCUGUAUACGUAUGCUAUGUCAUCCGGGUUUUGCUCAUCGACUUCAUCGACAAUGAGUCGAAGCGCUUUACGGAGAUAAUUGUAGUUUGUUUUCAGGCCGGAUGCUCCACCACCGCCGCCGCCGGUAGGUAGAAUCAUGGCUGUGGCUGAAGACCGUGAUUGAAGUAGCUCCAUCUUUUCAAGAGCGUCAAGUGUCAACAAAUGUUGGUACCCGUAAGCUUGAAGAAUUUGUCUUUUGAAAUUAUCAAGAUCGCGGGGACGAAAACCCCCACAAACGCAUGACUCAACGCAUAACAGUCGUAGGACGGACGCGAUGGGGACGUCCCUAGCAAUUAGCUCUUCAAUUAGAUCAUGCUGAGUAGCGGGAUCUGCACCAGCUGCUAUAUUCUGCUGGACUUCAAGGAUUCGCCGAAAGACAUCAGAGCGAGUUUGGCGCAUAAUCUCUUCCGCGAGAUUUGUAUGAAUUUUCAAGCUUGUGUGUUCGGCCUGGUAAGCUGGAAGUUUGUUGACGAAUUCUCGCAACUCCGAUGUUGUUUUGGCGCCAUGCCGGCUCUCAUAGUCGCUUUCCAGACGCCUUGCAACUUUAUGCAGAAGGCCGCCAACAAUGGCAAAGUUGGCAUCGCGAAGUUGGCUGAAAAGUGGGUCGGACGAAUCUACCUGGAUUUUGCGUUUCAGCGACUGCUUUGGAGCUGACGAUGCACCUGAAGCUGAACCUUGCGAUGCCUGGCCCGGAGGACCCACACCAAUAAUCGUCGAAUCAACUUCAGUUUGAUUAUUGCUAAUCCCGAAAAAUUCGUCCACGAGGCCCUCGUAUGUCAGCUGUGUCAUUAAUACUGUUGCAAAGUCCACUUCACGGUCGAUGAUGAUCAAAUUUUCCAUCGUAGAGCUGACCAUGAGUCCUCUUCCGAGCCUAUCCACUAGACCUGAUGACUCUUCUGCGUCUAGUUCCUUUCUCAUGCGCAGUAAUUGAUCUGCUAG